AUGGUAGCAAGCGGGUUGGUGGCGGGCGGCGCGCGGAAGCCGGGGGGCCGCGCCGGGAAGAGGAAGGGGAUCGAGUUGGGGUCAGAGACCGAGUCCGAGCCGGCGGUUGGAGCUGGGGACGCAGACCUAGGCCGAGUUCGAGCGAAGAGAAAUCCCGCCGAACGCGAGACACCGCCGCAGCUUCCACUGGCUCCUCUGGAACUCGCUGGGCGUGCGCGCUGCGCUCUGGCGGGAGGGCGCUUCUCUCGGCUUUUUAUAGCUUCAUGGCGGACCACGUUGAGAACAACAACAGCCUGGUCCGGGGCCAGCGCCAACUUGUGCUUCUUGGAGCCCCUUCUUGGGCCGCUGGCUUCUCGGAUCGCGCCUCACCAGCGCCGCGGCGCCCGCAGCGGGGCGCCUCGGACGGGGCUUGAGCUCCUGGCGCAGUGGAGAGGCGGCUUGCGUCCUGGAAGGGCUCAGCAAAGGCGAACGGAGAGGUGCACCCUAGGCUGCGGGAGCGCGAGAGGAGGGGGGCACUUCGUUUGGAGGCCAAUAGCGCGGGCCCCAGGGGAGGCCCCACGGCCGGGAGCUUGGCGGCCGGCAGCCCAGAGAAGGCCACGGGCACCCGAGCCCUGGUCCGGCCCCGGGGGCUCCAGGCUUGCCCGCAAGAGGAGCUUUAAUUUGUCCAAACUAACACAGGGCGCGCCCUCACGUGGUCGGCUGGGGCAACGUGAACUGCGCUAGGACAUCCUCGGGGGUUUUCCGCCCCAUCCAAAGCGGAUGGCGGAUGGGAGGCACUCUCCAGCUGCACCCUGGGGUCUGGUUGUGCCUCUGGGGGCCUAGGCACAACCCGGGAAAUGGAGGACGACAGCAGGGCCUCUCUGGGACACUGCCUCGCCUCUCCCCCUACCCCGUUGCCGCUGAUGUUCCCAUGGCCUCAUUUUGUGAUCCACAAGUAGCUGCCGCCGGUCCUCCCAAAGCCAAAUGGGGACUCCAGGGUGGGACAGGGUGGGCGGGGGUGAGGUUAUGACCCCCAGCGGCGUUCCUGUGAGAGGAUGGGGAAGAGAUUCGCUCUUAGUUCCUGGGCGCACCCCUCCCCCUCUCCCGUGCACAGGGAAAUGAUGGCGGCAACACAGCAAACGAGAUCAUGUCCUGGAGAGGGUCCCGGGUCCCGGGUCCCGGGUCCGGGGCCCCACCCUCCCCGGGGGGCUUGUGCAAGCCUGGCGGCUCGAUCUCUGCUGAUUCCCGUAUUGGGGGUGCAGAGGAGGCACAGGACAGUUUUUGUCGAAGCCAGUGCAGCCUCCACUUGGGGAAGCUGAGACCAGAGGCACAGAACAACAUUGAGAGACUGAGGCCUCCACCUGCUUGAGGAAGGCCCAUGUGAAUUUCCUGACACAGAAUGGGGACGGGUUUCUGACAGCACCACCCAGCUGAGCCUGUGAAGACUGAACAGCUGUUUCCAGGCCAGGCUGGCUGCAUGGAGGACAUGAGAGGAGCAGCCAGCUGUGUGUGCUGGACCCACUGAUCAGGGUGCUCAGGACCAGGAGCCCUCUGAGGAUGUGCAGAGGGGACUCUGGAGAGAGGAACGUGGCGGCCACAGCUGGAGUGACCGCAGUGUACAGAGAUGGGAUGGGAGCAGGAAACCCAAAAGAGCUGGCCCUGGAACCAGGUGGAGGGGAGGCAGCCCAGCCAUGCCAGAGAGGGUAAUAUGGUUUGGAUCUGUGUUCCCACCCAAAUUUUAGGUUCCAUUUUAAUCCUCAGUGUUGGAGGUGGGUCUUGAUAGGAGGUGAUCAGAUCAUGGGGGUGGAUUCUAAUGGUUUAGCACCAUCCCCUUGGUGCUGUCCUCAUGAUAGUGAGCUAUCAUGAGAUCUGGUUGUUUGAAAGCAUGUUGCACCUUCCCUGAACUUCUCUUGGUCCCGCCCCUGCCAUGUAGGACACCUGCUCCACUUCACCUUUCACCAUGAGUAAAAGCUCCUUGAGGCCUCCCAAGAAGUAGAUGCCCCGUGCUUGCUGUACAGCCUGCAGAACCGUGAGCCAAUUAAACCUCUUUUCUUUAUAAAUUA